CUACACAUCAUCCUCCUAUUCCCCAAAUAAACUAGUCGGUUUUCUUCCACGCCCUCGUAUUCCUUCUUUUUUUCUACCUUCCACCUUGUUUCGCAUGUUGUCUUUUGGAUGAUAUCGAUAUUUCUUUUGCAUGCUGUGUGUUGCGUAUUGUUUGUGGUGUCUGUUGUCGGGGCCGGCUUGUUCUUUUUCCUUUUUGCAUUCUUUUUUUUUCUUCCCGUCUCCUUCUUUCUAGUCAUGGUGGAUUUCUUGAUUUCUUUGUCUACAUUUUUUUUUCUUUUGCUUUUUUUUUACGUUCUGGAGGCUCAACAGUCUUUUUUUUCUUUCUUCUCAUUUCCCAUUUCUCAGGAGAGGCAUUCAUUCUUAGUUUGUAAUCCGGAGUGGUUGUCAUUUUGUUUUCUUCCUUCCGAAGCGAGGACGUAAGUGGGUAUCAUACUGUAGCUUUUUCGUUUCAGCGGGUUGGCGGCAUGGAAUGGAUUGGACGGAUGGGGCGGGCGGUCAUGACAAUUUUAGGCAUACACCUUAAUACCAAGUACUUCUACUCUACCCUACUUAGUGCGAUCGUGCGGAUGUGUGUUACUUGAUGAUUUGCUGGGGAAAAUGCCCA